AUGUCCAAAGCCGUCGUCAAGACGACCUUCGAGGCGUCUCGAACGCUUCGUCCCAUCUAUACCGGAGGAAGCACCGCACUCGAUGCCAGUGGCCGCCUACUGGUCGCCUGCGUUAAUGAAGAUGCGCUCGUCGUUGACCUCGAAACCGGCGACCAGCUCGCUACGCUUGAAGGGGAUGGAGAGGUCAUUACCAGCUUAGCCAUCACCCCAUCGGCCUCGCACGUUAUUCUCUGCUCCCGAUCUAUGUCAAUGCGCAUAUACUCUCUCUCCCCUCGCGAUGACACCACUUCUACCCUUGAGACCAAGCUCGUUCGAAGCCUGAAACCCCACACGGCGCCAGUUGUAACGACCGCAACAGACCCAACCAGUACCCUGCUUGCGACCGGAGCUGCGGAUGGCUCAAUCAAAGUCUGGGAUAUUCGAGGCGGUUUUAUCACACACAGUUUCCACGGCCACGGCGGCGUGAUUACGGCUUUAUGUUUCUUCCAACCGCCAACCGCAGAGAACGACGGGAAAUCAUCCUCGAAGAAGAAGUCGAAACGCAAGGCUGCAGGUGCAGGCGACAAUGAAGACGAUGAGAUGAUGGACAUAGAUCCCGCUUCAACCACUGGUGCCUUCCGACUGGCCUCUGGUAGUGAAGAGGGCAAAGUGCGCGUGUGGGACUUGAAUAAAAAGAAAUCCAUCGCAUCGCUUGACUCUCACGUCUCAGUUGUGCGCAGCCUUUCAUACUCGUUAACGGAGAACGCCCUACUGUCCGCCGGCCGAGAUAAGACCGUCAUUGUGUGGGAUAUGCGAACAUUCAAAACCCGGAGGAUCAUCCCUGUUCUAGAGACCGCCGAGGCAGCCACAUUUGUUGCUGAAAGCGGACUAUGCUUGGUUGGAGGAGAGAAUGGACGGUUGCGUGUUUGGGAUUGUAACAGAGGAGGAGAGGUCACGGGAGACCAGGAAGCUGCGCCUGAAUUUGAGGCUGUGAUCGCGAUCCACUAUACUCCGGGGAUGCCUUUCGCUAUGACGGUACAUGCGGACCAAACCUUGAGGCUGCACUCCCUGGAUCCUCUAUCCGACCUCAAGCCUGGGUCUAAGAUUGAUCCGCUACCGAUUGUGAGGCGCAUCUCAGGAAACGAUGACGAUAUCAUCGAUCUCGCCUACGUCGGUCCUGACCGCUCUAUGCUUGCUCUGGCAACCAACACUGAGAGCAUUCGGAUUGUCUCUGUUGGUGCAUCCGAGUAUAAGCCAACAACAGAAAAGCAGGACUACUUUGGUGCUGAUGUCGCUCACCUGGAUGGCCAUGACGACAUCAUCAUCUGUAUUGAUGUAGACUGGUCCGGCCAUUGGCUUGCUACAGGUGCAAAGGAUAACACGGCACGUUUAUGGCGCCUCGACCCGGAUGGUUCAUCAUAUACAUGCUUCGCGCUUCUCACAGGUCAUGCAGAGUCUCUAGGAGCCAUCAGUUUCCCACGAGACUCGCCUCCUCCUGAUACACCAGCAUACAGGGAUCCAGUAAAUCACCCACCUCCAUUUGUCGUAACAGGUUCCCAGGAUCGUACAGUUAAGCGGUGGAACACCGGGAAGCUGGGUGCUGCCGAUGUCGACAGUCCUCACACACCAAAAGCGCUUUUUACUCGCAAGGCCCACGACAAGGACAUCAACGCUCUGGACGUAAGUCCAUCAUCAGCACUCUUUGCUUCGGCCUCACAAGACCGAACCGUGAAAAUUUGGUCUGCCGACGACGGAUCCGUCGUGGGUGUCUUACGCGGGCACAAGAGAGGUGUUUGGUCAGCACGUUUCUCUCCCAAGGGCACUCCAAUUCUCAGUGCAGAUGCCAAAAGCAGCACUAAUAGGGGUAUGAUUGUGACGGGCUCAGGUGACAAAACAGUGAAGCUCUGGAGCUUGUCCGACUACAGCUGUCUCCUUACGUUUGAAGGCCACACAAACAGCGUACUCAAGGUGCUUUGGCUUCCACCACCUGAUAUGUCCAGUAAAACCGAGGACGAUGACGACGAAGACGCAGCUCCCGCGAACACCAACUCUGUUCAACUCCGGCCCCUUAUCGCAUCCGCCGCCGCAGAUGGACUGGUAAAGGUCUGGUCCCCCUACACAGGUGAACUCGAAACAACUCUCGACAACCACACCGAUCGAGUCUGGGCAUUGGCCAGCCCUACACCAUCCGGAGCUCGCGACAACGCCAAGUCCUCCUCUACCUCCAAAUCCACCUCCCCCUACGCCAUCGCCUCCGGCUCCGCAGACUCAACAGUCACCUUCUGGACCGACACGACAUCCGCAACAUACACCGCCGCCGUCAAUGCAAACUCCGCCCGCGUCGAACAAGACCAGCAACUGCAGAACUAUAUCGUCGCAGGCGCCUACCGCGAAGCCAUUACUCUCGCCCUCCAGCUCAACCACCCCGGGCGCCUUCUCUCCCUCUUCAACACCGCCAUUGAUGCCGCCGACGAUCCUCACAACAGCGACAUCCCGAGUGAAGUUCGCGCAAACAGUCUCACCGGCAACCCGUCUAUUGACGAGGUCCUCCAAACUCUUGACCUCGCAAACCUCUACGCCCUCCUCCUCCGUCUCCGAGACUGGAACACCAAUGCGCGCCAAUCUAAAGUCGCACAGCGGAUCCUCUUCGCUCUCUUCCGGUCGUAUCCCGCCUCGAUCUUCGUUGAGCUUGCUUCUUCGAGCAUGGCUAAGCGGGGUGGUGAUGGACGAGCCGCAGCUGCCAUGAAGGAUAUUCUCCAAGCCUUGGCCUCAUAUACCGAGCGACACUACCGCCGUAUUGAAGAGCUUGAGGAUGAGAGUUACCUCGUCGAAUGGGUCCUUGGGGAGAUGGAUGGGGGUGUCGGUCUUAGUGCACUUGGAGCUCCGACACAGGGCAUUGACGGUUUUGACGACGUGCCUGAGCAAGAGAAAGAUGUGGCUAUGCUUGGUGCUUAA